AUGUCCCAUGUUGAAGCUCGAUGGAUAGCAAACAGCCUCGACAGCCUCGAGCAGCAGGCCUUCUCGACGACCAGAGGUUCUCGUUCCUCUUGGGACGUAGGCGACCUGUCGCUGCUGGAGAAGCUGCUGAGCCAGUACCAAGAUCAGCCUGUGCAGCUCAACUUCGUGGCUACCUGUAGGACGGAAGCUACUGCUCGCUGUCCAUCUCAGGCCUCAGGCUCGGAACUUUGUCAACAGGUCGAGAGGCACAGUGAGAUCGAUCCGGAUCGAGGCGACGACAUGGAAGGUGACGAAGGUUACCAGACUCAGCACAUGUUGGCAUCGCCUCCAAAGAUACCAGUACGCUUCAGCUCUCUCAGCAAGAUACAACGAGAACAGAGGCGGGCCCAGUUCUCACCAUCUCCACCGUCUCUUCCCAACGCCAUGCUACAGGCUGCCAUACUGGGCAGGCAGAUCGACAUUGUCGACUACCUCAUCACCGAGUUCCGAUGGUUCCUCUCCAUUGACGAUGCCAUUAUGCACGCAGUCCUCCUCGCCGGCGAUUUGGGAACUCUUAGGAUUCUCUACAGCCACUAUCCUCGAAUCAUCAAUUAUCGAUUCCAAGCAAUGCCCAAGUCAGCGGCUAUCGACCUCUCUUAUGUACGUCCUGCCCCAGUACGCGGCCCCACGGUCAGUAUCCUUGAACAAGUCAUGUCGAGGGGUCACUUGGGACUUGCGUAUCACGACUUUGCCCUUUUCCUCGUGGAGCACGGCGCAACCAUGGACACUGAAGGAAGCACAUCCCACGGUACCAUGUAUCAGGCGAUACAGACCCGGCAGCCCCUCUCGGUUGUCCAAGCCUGUCUGAAGCGCGGCAUGGCCCGGAUUUGCAUGGCCAGUAUCGAGCUAGCUGUGCAGAACAACGACCACGAGACGCUCCACCUCAUGUUUGCCAGCAGUCGGCCAACACGGGACGAGGUCUCGGACCGAGAGAUCUUGCGCCUUGCAGUCCCUUUCACUGACACAGCCGAGCAGGGCGAACGCCCGAGCUGCAGUCGGAUGCUCAGGGAGUAUGUCCUGGCCCGGCAAAUCCACAGCCGUACACAGGCCAAGAGGAGGAGGAUGAGCAGCUGCCGGCCGAUUUCGGUACUAAGCACCGCCAGCCAGGGCUAUUCCAUCUUUCCAGCUCUGGCAGAGCUGGAGUGUCCAAUGGAGGCUGCCGACGACCUCAUUGCGACACCUAUGCUGGACUGCUCAGAUGGUCUCCCUCGAACGCGGCCUCCCUCUUACACGAGCUUCGUAUCGCAACCCCGAGAAACAAGCAGCCCAAGCCCACCAUACAAGGCUGUACCUGAGCACUCAUGGUUCCGGAGGAGGUGCAGGUCGCGGGGCACCUGCUGCGCACGCAUGGAACUUCCCCGCCUCCUGUCGGCCAGUGCACAGGCUUUUCGGACUUGGUAUGAGGAGACAAGUCCUCUGUUGGAGUGCCCCGAGGAGGAGGAAGACGUGAACACGGCAGGCGAGAAGACAACGAGCAGCAGCAGCAAAAACAACAACAACGACAAGCACGCCCACGAUACCCACGAAAGCCACGGCAACUGGGCCAUCAGACCAACCCAGGAGAGCCUUGCCACGACAACCUGGGACAAGGGCAAGAUGGCGUCCUCGACCACGGUGCACACGGUGCAGCACCAGAUGAAGAGGACGAGGCGACUUAUACCCCCCAAUGACUCGACGUCACUUCAUAGCUCAGACUAUUCAGCAAAGAGAUUCUCCUUGUAG